AUGCCAAAAAUUUUCAAGGAUAAAAAAUUAAAUUGGUACAUUAAUGACAAAAAUCAAAAUGACUUGAUUAAAAAACAACUCAAAGAAGAAAUUAAAGAGUUGAAAAGCAAAAAUACCAACCUUACUGAGUAUAAAGCCAAGUAUUAUAGUAAGUUGGAAGAAGCGAAUUCAUUCCAAUCUAGAAUUAAAUCAUUGGAAGAAGAAUUAUCUUUAACUCAGAAAUACUCAUCAAAAAAAGAUUCUGAGAUAAUCUUCCUCAAAGCUGAAUUGGUGAAUAUAAAGAUUGAAUUAGAUUCUAAGGUCAGUGAGCUUGAGCGUCUAAAAUCAGAGGAUAUUUUGAUAUCUGUAGUUGGUGGAGAUAGUGAAACUAGCAAAAAUCUCAGUCAAUAUUUUGCACGCAGAAAAAUUAUGAACGAAGUCGAAAAAAUUAGCACUGAUAUACCGACUCAUACCAAUGAUAAAAUUGUUCUAAUAUUAGAAUCUUCAAAAAUUGAUACUGAGGUUACUUCUAAAGUAAGUGAUGAAACUAUUAUUAACAAAAAUAAUAAAGAUAAUAUAUUACAACCAAUCAAUGCAGAAAACCAAUUUCAAGAGAUAAAGAAUGUGACUCUGAUUAGAUCUCAUAAUAUUACAAUAGGAAGGAGUGAGAAAUUACCUAUUAUAGCAUUAGGUGCUAGCAUAGUUAAUAAGUAUCAAACUACUCCUAUUAAACAAAAUUUUCACCCAACUCCGUCUUCUUGUUCUUUGAACUUGAAGCCAGAUUUUACCCACAGUAUGACCACCUCUGAAAACAGAGUUAUGGAUUCCCAAUCUGCUAUGCAAAAAAAUUCAAAAAUACCUCCUAUAAAACUAUUCCUUAUGGAUAUAGACAAAGCUAAUAAACAUAUUGCAUCUCGUUGUCAAUCGCAUCCAGCUACUGAAUACAUAUAUAAAGGAAAAAAAGGUGAUAGAAGAUAUAUUUCUUGUGAUGAUUUAAUAGUUUGUGGUUAUCAUCCUGAUGAGCCAAAAUGGGCAUUCAUUAGAUAUAUGUAUGGCAUAAUUUCAAAAGACCCAAAAGCACCUUACUAUGAAAAUAUACGAUUUAGCUAUAUUUCACCAGAAAAAAUUCCUAGUGUAAAAGCAUUUUCACCUGAACAAAGUACAGCAAUUGUUUUUGAGGAUUUGUCACAGAAAUAUCAUAAAAUCACUACAUUCAUGCAUGAAAAUGCUAAUUACUUAGUACUCUUUAAUUCUGGUAGUUCAUAUGAAGAUGUUUCUAAAAUUAUUCGUAGAUAUACAGAUGACGUAAAAAAUGCAUCAAUGGUUAUUAAUAGCUACUUAUGCAAAGGCGAAUUUAUUGUAUUUGAUCUAGAUAGGCCUGAGGAUGAUCUACUUGCAAUUUGGCUAAGGUUUAAUACUCCACUAGAUUUGCAAAAAGAGAUAGAGUUACAGCAAAAGCACAAGAAAAAAAAUAUAUUACCUACUUCAUAG